CAAACAGUGACAGUGAAUGGCCAUGUGAAUACAAGCACAGGACUCCACAUGAACGGGGAACUGAGCGCACAUCAGACAGCCGUCAACAGGACUGUCGUUUAUAUUCUAACAAGUUAUAACUGAAACUGAUCUUAUAGUGUGGGUCUGAAAUAUCUGGAUUCCUCUGAGGAGAAAAGUAAGAGUAAUUUUUAUUAUUAUUAUUAUUAUUGUUAUUAUUAUUAUUAAAUUUUAUAGGCGCGUUUUUGAGUCUGAUGAGGAAAUAACUCCAGUCUUGACUUUAAACAGAUGUUUGUUAUAACAGUUCUAUUGUAGAUACAGUGUUUUCCUGUGGCUUUAGUGCCCAGGGCAGCCAGCAGUGGUCAAGGAUUCCUCUCCGCUCUUUACGCAUUUACCGGAGGGCAGACGCACUCAUCGCAUUACUCUGGUAAAUUACGCACACUUUGUUUUUUUUUUGACUGUGCGCCGCUGGUGACUCCGAGCCGGCGUGAACAUGCUACAAAAUGGAAAUAGAAAGGACAAACCGCUUCAGGCUCCAAAGGCUGAGGCAGAGCCGGACUCCCCUGCUGAAAACCCCAAGCCGGAUCAGCCGGAGCUGGAUCCCGCUCCAGACGCAGCCGCAGCCGCCGACAAGAAGGACGCAGACGCAGAGUCCACGCACUUCCCCAUGCCCCUUCAUCCAAAACUGGACAUAAAACGCAACGCAGUAACGGACGAUUAUAAGAUCUCCAGUCAGGUUCUGGGCUUAGGAAUCAAUGGCAAAGUGUUGGAGUGCUUCAAUAAGAAAACAGGACAGAAGUGCGCACUGAAGAUUCUCUAUGACAGCCCCAAAGCGAGGAGAGAGGUGGAGCUUCACUGGCGGGUGUCAGGAGGACCGUACAUCGUUCGCAUCCUCAGCCUGUAUGAGAACAUGCAUCAUGGGAAGAAGUGCCUGCUCAUCAUCAUGGAGUGUAUGGAGGGAGGAGAACUCUUCAACCGAAUCCAGGCCAGAGGGGACCAGGCCUUCACUGAGAAAGAGGCGUCUGAGAUUAUGAGGGACAUCGGCACAGCCAUCGAGUUUCUCCACAACAUCAACAUCGCGCACAGAGACAUAAAACCAGAGAACCUGCUAUACAACACUAAAGACAGAAACGGUGUCCUCAAACUAACAGAUUUUGGCUUCGCUAAGGAAACCACGCUACACAACCCCCUACAGACACCCUGCUACACACCAUACUAUGUUGCUCCUGAGGUUUUAGGUCCGGAGAAAUAUGACAAGUCAUGUGACAUGUGGUCUCUGGGUGUCAUCAUGUACAUCCUAUUGUGUGGCUUCCCUCCAUUUUACUCCAACACAGGCCAGGCUAUUUCUCCGGGAAUGAAAAGAAGGAUCAGGAUGGGCCAGUAUGAAUUUCCCAACCCAGAGUGGGCUGAGGUGUCACAGGAAGCAAAGGAUUUGAUCCACCAGCUACUGAAAACAGACCCUAAUGAAAGAAUGACCAUCACUCAGUUUAUGAACCAUCCCUGGAUCAAUCAGUCCAUGGUGGUUCCCUCCACUCCACUCCACACCACCAGGGUCCUGACUGAAGACAGAGAGAUGUGGGAGGACGUGAAGGAGGAGAUGACCAGUGCUUUAGCGACCAUGCGUGUGGACUACGACCAGGUGAAGAUUAAAGAUCUGGAUACUUCCAGCAACCCGCUGCUGAAUAAGAGACGUAAGAAGGCAGCAGCAGGAGGGAAGAGUGGGUCCACAGUCUGUCAAAGUCAGUGAGACACAGAGGAUAGUGAUGUGAACCAGAGCGUCAAUGAUGACGAAAUAACUGAAGCUCAAGAGGAGAACAAGUUGUGCAGUGUGGGCUACGUUAAAUACCUACUGAGCCUUGAGAACGGACAAUAAAGGGACAACUUGUGUCCCAACUGGACGUGUAUAGGACGUAUCCGGACAUGGUACAGCUGUUAUUAUUACGUUUAUCCACUCUGUGUAUAUAAUCUGUAGGUCCUGCCUGUUUGUACGUGGGCGUCUGUGUGCACACAUGAAGUGUUUGUAGUGAUAAUGUCAUGUGUAUUUGAGUGCUGGGUUGCCUGUUUGAGGUAGAAUCUCCUUUUUUUAACUAUGCACUAGCGUGUGCACGACACAGACAGACAAACAAACAAACCAAGUGUGGACAGACUGUGAAUCUAGAACACUCAAGAUGUCCUGUAUUGUCUUAAUGUUGUCUGUCUUUUGCUUCCAUCUGAGGGAUUAAAGCAAAGUCUGACGAUGAGUGUCUUGUCAGUAUCUUUGACAAUAAAAUGCAGCUGCCAUAAUGACCUACAACUCAA